CCCUUUAAUAUGGUUACACGUGUUAGCGAAAUUCAACGCCCAUAAAUAUAUGUUCAUCAUUAUUAGAAAUGAAAACCUUCCAAAAGUCAAAAUAUUUUCGUUUUGAUAUUAGAAAAUAUAACAUAUGGAAACUUCUUAUGGUAAAGGAAAAGCCCCUAACGACGCCGUUUGAAAGGUCCGCGUUAUAUCAGCCACAACCACCAUUACCGAAAAGUUCAAAGAUCCCGAGUUUUCAACGCGCUUGACGAAGACCUCAAAAGACACAGGUUUCAUGGACUUAUCAACGCCACCACGCCAUUGUUUGCUUGCCGGCCCCAGCAGCAAGCAACGACAACUUCCAUUAUUAUCAAUUUCUUCCUUAGACUUGUACUUUUUAUUUUUUUUUCUUUUACCAAUUCACAUUCGUUCAUUUUCCUUUCAACCAAACAGAAUAUUUAUACCCUUUUAUCCACACUAAUACCCAAAUCUAAUCAAUCAAGAAAACAGAGGGAGAAAAAAAAAAAAAAAAAAAACCGAAACGAAAAUGAGAUUCAGUUUAUACCUUUUAACCAUCGCUCUGUGUCUCUCAUCAUUUUCGUACACUCCAAUUUCAGCUCGAUUCUUCCCCAAUAUUACAUCGAUCCCUCCAUGGCUACAACCGAAUAGUACGGCCGUUCAAGGUGCUUGGGACUCCUUCAAGAAAUUCGGCGGUUGUCGUCCCGGUGAGAAAUCCGAUGGCUUGUCCAAGCUCAAGAACUACUUCCACUACUUCGGCUAUAUCCCUAACUCUCCGCCGUCGUCGAAUUUCACCGACGAUUUCGACGACGAGCUCGAAUCCGCCAUCAAAACUUACCAGAAGAACUUCAAUCUCAACGUCACCGGCGAACUCGACGAACAGACUUUAAACCACAUCACUCGGCCAAGAUGCGGCAACGCCGACAUCGUCAACGGCACGACUUCCAUGAAUUCCGGCAAAUCAACGUCGUUAAACAGCAAGCACUUCCACUCCGUACAGCACUACUCCUAUUUCCCCGGCCAGCCGGUCUGGCCGGAGAGCAGGCGCGAUUUGACCUAUGCGUUCGAUCCGUCGAAUGGCCUAACCGACACCGUCAAGAGCGUGUUCACGAGCGCGUUCGCGCGUUGGUCGGAGGUAACGCCUUUAACUUUCACGCAGACGGAUUCGUACAACGGCGCCGAUAUAAGGAUCGGAUUCUACAACGGCGAUCACGGCGACGGCGAGCCGUUCGACGAAAUUUUGGGAACGUUGGCUCACGCGUUCUCGCCGCCGAGUGGGCGAUUCCACUUGGACGAUGCGGAGGAGUGGGUUGUUUCCGGUGACGUAACGACGUCGUCGCUGACGUCAGCAAUUGAUAUGGAAUCGGUGGCCGUUCACGAAAUUGGGCAUUUGCUAGGGUUAGGUCACUCAUCGGUUGAGGAAGCGAUUAUGUAUCCGACUAUACCGUCGAGGACGAAGAAGGUGCAGUUGGCCAGCGACGACGUACAGGGCAUUCAGAGCCUUUACGGAGCCAAUCCCAAUUACAAUCCUUCUUCUACUUCUACAGAGUCCACGCAGCAGAAUGACACAUCUGAUGCUCACCAAAUUUUGGGUUUUUGGUGGGAUUUCAAGUUGUUGUUGGCCGUUGGAUUUGUUCUGAUAUUAUUGUAGAUAUUUCUUUUAUGUUUCUCAUUUAUUACCGUUGCGUCUUAUUAUUUUUUUGAUAUUGUUAGCUUCGGGCAUAUUUUGUUGUCUUCGUCAUUUACAUUUAUUUUUCAUUUUACUAUGUACAUUUUAGGUGAUUGAAAGACCCAAGUAUGCCUGCAGUACUGCUUUUUUGUAUUUGUUGGAAUUCUUAUAGUUAAUACAGUGAUACGUAUAGAUUCCACAGUUAAAAUUUUA